CUAGAGUUAGUAUAUGCACUAAUUGUAAGUGCCCGUAUAUGAUAAUCAUUCUUGCUUGUGGUUGAAGGAUGCAAGAGGAAGCCCUUCAAAGGAAAACAAUUUUCAAUUGUUUGCUCAGCAAAGCAGAUCAAUCUGCGUGGGAUCUGAUGUUCUUCUCGAGAUAAAGGUUUUUUUUUUUUUCAAUUGAAACAAAAAAUGUGUUAACUUGUAUAUUGUCUGUACUAAAGGUGAACGAUAUAGUUUAUUUGUUUUCUUUCAGAUCCUUUAUAGUGAAGUUUGGUGGUUUUAUUGUGCUGAGCAUUACUCUUUUGCAGUAUGUUUGGAUGGCCGGUGGCAUGAUUCUAUGCUUAAAAAUGCUUGCAUUUUUUUGUUUCUUUUUAGCCUUUUAUGAUAUUGUCUCUCUCAUUGUUCAAAUCCUUAACAAUUCAAGGUUGAUUGUUGCCCUUGGGAAGAUUGAGGUUCAAGGUUCGAAUCCUAGUUGACAUGGAACAAUGCUUGUGAAGACAUGAGACAAUGAAAGAAUAACAAUUCAGUUUAGAUAACAAAAAUGACAAUUCAGUUUAGAUAACACGAGACACCCAAUCGGGAGCAAGUUACAGAAAAUUAAUCAACCCUUCCAGUAGGACAGAAAUUUACUACAAACAAACCAGUAGGUGGCUGCAGGGGGCCUCAAGGACACCUCCAUGGUGCACUUUCUCAUCAAUCUGAACUAACAAUGAGAGUGGCAACAUGGAAGAACCAAUAAAGAUCUAUAAUCCCUCAUAAUGGCGCUGUCUAUAUCUUUUGCAGAAACAGCUUCACGGUAAAAAUGGGUUUUAUAUUGAGACUUGAUUUGAUAAAUGCAAGAUCUUUGAGCUGUGUCUAAGUGUUCUUGAUCUAUGAACGAGGAAAUCUGCGAAAUGGGUUUGGAUGAUACGUGCAGCUGCGUCUUUAAGAGAACCUGAAGGGUAAGAACAAAAGUUUGAAGUUCUGGAAAAGUGUUGGAUGACGAUUCAAGAGCACUGAUGCGGCUGACAAUUGAAGACAGGAGAAAGUUAGGCUCUUCUUGGUGGUGUUGCUUCUGAUGAAAAUGAAGUUUUUUACUGGCAAAGUUUUGAUCUUGGAAUGUUUUGAGAAAAUGGGUUUGAUUUUGAUUUAGAUAAUGAUUUUGUUGGGAUUGUAGGGUUGGCUUUGGAGAAGGAGAGAAGCAAGGGCUAGCAGAAGAUGGUCAGAUUGCUGGGCGUGUGGAGGUGAUGGUGGUUGGCAGCAUUGGCUGCUAAAGCAGGUGGAGCAGAGGUGGUGGUGAUGGUGAGGGGCCAUGACUUUUGCAGGGCUUUGAAAAUGCAGUGGGACUUACCUGGAGGCCAGAUCUAUAUCAUUUAUAUAUUAUAAUUAAUCAAUCAUAGUAAAGGUCCACCGGUUAAAAACAUGAGUUUAAAAAAAAAAUUUUUGAUAAGUCUAAACUCUCCCACUCUCAUUCAACUUGUUUUUUUUUUUUUUGCCAAAAGUCUCAUACAACCUUUACUCUUUCAUUUAAUACUUUCACUAUUAUACCAAUUCCCAUUUUUUUUUAUGGUUUGAAAUUUUAAUUGCUAUAAAUAGAAACAUAAAUUUCCCAAAGUAAAACAUUAUUUUUCAGACCAAAAAAAAAGGGCGUAGUACUUACAGAAAAACCAGACUUAAUGAAUGGCCAAUUUCUGGUCUUGUCCAAGGGCAAACAAUACACAGCCGCUAAAUCCCUCACCAAAACCACCCAACUCCAUGCCUUAGCCAUAACCUCAGGCCUCCUCUGCCCCCAUCUCCGCUCAGACCUUUCCGUUUCCUACGCAAACUGCGGCCAUAUCGGAAAUGCUCGCAAACUGUUCGAUGAAAUGCCUCAACCAACCUUGUUUUCACAUAACAUGAUGUUGAGAAUGUACACCAAAAAUGGGUUUUAUUUGGAAACACUAAAUUUGUUUGUUGAGAUGGUUAACUUGGGGAAAUGCAUGGCAGAUAACUAUACUUACCCUUUUGUUUUUAAGGCUAUUGGGGAAGAAAAGCUGGUUGAUUUUGGUGGGGUAGUUCAUGGGAGAGUUUUGACGGGUGGUUUUGAAAGGGAUAGUUUUGUGAUGAAUUCUUUGUUGACAAUGUAUAUGAAUUGUAGGAAGAAAGAGGAAGGAGGGAAAGUUUUUGAUUCUAUGUGGAAGCCUAAUGUGGUUUCAUGGAAUUCAAUGAUUAGUGGGUACUUUAAAAAUGGAUGUGCAGAGGAAGCUUUGGGGAUUUUUAAUAAGAUGGCGGAUGAUGAGGUGGAAAUGGAUUGUGCUACUGUGGUUUCGGUUCUGCCUGUUUGCGGAUUUUUGAAGGAACUACAGGUGGGAAGAAGGGUUUAUGAGUUGGUGAAAAAGAAUGGUUGGGGGAAGGAAAUAGUAGUGAGGAAUGCACUGAUAGAUAUGUUUGCAAAGUGUGGGAGUAUGGAGGAAGCGAUGUUGGUUUUUGAUAGUAUGGUUGAGAAGGAUGUGGUGACUUGGACUUCUUUGAUCAAUGUGUAUAUUUUAAACGGUGACGUAAGAGCUGCAUUGAGACUCUGCUUCUUGAUGGUACUUGAAGGUGUGAGACCUAAUUCAGUUACCCUAGCAUCUCUUCUUUCGGCUUGUGGUGAGUCGAAGAAUUUAAUGGAUGGUAGGUGUUUGCAUGGUUGGGCAAUAAGACAAAAACUUGAGUCCGAUGUUAUGGUGGAGACAUCAUUGAUUGAUAUGUAUGCUAAAUGCAAUAAUUUUGAACUUAGCUUCCAAGUUUUCAAGAGAACUUCAAAAAAGAAAACGGUUCCAUGGAAUGCGAUUCUCGCUGGGUGCAUUCAUAAUAGACUUGGAAAUGAAGCAAUAAAAUUUUUUAAAGAAAUGCUGAUGGAAGGUGUGAAACCUGAUGAUGCUACCUUGAAGAGUUUUCUACCUGCAUAUGCCAUCCAUGCAGAUUUACAGCAAGCAAGGAACAUGCAUUCUUACCUGAUAAAGUCUGGAUUAUUGUCAAACAGUGAAAUUGCUACUGCAGUGGUUGAUAUAUAUUCUAAAUGCUGUAGUUUAGAAUCUGCUCACAAGAUCUUUAAUGGGAUACCCAACGAGAACAAGGACAUUUAUCUAUGGAGUGUGAUAAUAGCUUGUUAUGGAGCACAUGGGCAUGGCGAGAUUGCUGUUUCACUUUUCAAAGAAAUGGUUCGAGCUGGGGUAAAGCCUAAUGAAGUUACUUUCACUUCUGUGCUGCAUGCUUGCAGCCACUCUGGUUUGGUGGAUGAAGGUUUGGAUUUAUUCAAAUUCAUGCUUAGAAACCACCAAAUAAGCCCUCAAGUUGAUCAUUAUACUUGCAUUGUUGACCUUCUUGGUCGUUCUGGUAGACCAGCUGAAGCUUAUGAUAUCAUUAGAACAAUGCCAUUUGCACCUAGCCAUGCUGUUUGGGGUGCAUUGCUUGGUGCUUGUGUAAUUCAUGAGAAUGUUGAGUUGGGGGAGAUUGCUGCAAAGUGGCUUUUUGAGCUGGAGCCAGAGAACACAGGAAAUUAUGUGUUGAUGGCAAAAAUUUAUUCUGCAGUUGGAAGGUGGAAAGAUGCAGAAAAUAUGAGACGUAUAAUAAAUGAAAUUGGAUUGCAGAAAGCACCAGCUCACAGUUUGAUUCAGGUCAGAAAUGUGUGAAAUUUGUGUAAAGAUCAUUAUUUUGAAUGACUAAAAUCCUCAGCUUGAAGUUAGACUCAUAAAUUGGAAAUUUACAUCCUAUGCCGAGGUCAGUGUUUAUAUCAUGCAACUAGGACAUAUCAUAUAUGGAAGACUUGUUUAAAUGGAUUAGUGAGUAUCGAGCCCGUGUUAAUACUUUUGUAUGGUGCAGGCAUGUCAACUAUAAUCAAGACAACAAUGGGAGAACCAGAGAAGGGCAAGUUUUUUUUCAGUCUAAGCAGGAGCUUUCUUUAUUCUUAGAACAGGCUAAACCUCAUCAGGAAAAUCUAAUAAUGUUUAUUCUUGGAGCCUCACUUGCAAGUUGCAAGCAUGGAUAUUAUUCUGGAAUCUCAACAUACCAGGUAUGCCUUCCAAUACCGGAUAUUCACAUAAACAGUAGAUUAUAUUCUUGCAGCAGAAAGGGAAUCUUCCACUGAGCUUAUGGGAGUGAGCUAAGUUAAUUCUUUGAGUCAGUUGUGCAUGACACAUCUCAACAUGAAUAUGUCAAUGUACAGAUGUAACCAUUAUUUUUCACAAAAUAUAUCUCAACUUUAUUACAUGACUUCAUAAUAUUUGUUUAGAUUUUGUUUCUGUGCCUUCCACCUAUAACAAUAAUGAAACCUCUAAAUUCUUUUCUGUGAUUCAGCAUCCUUGUGUUUUUUCAGUGUGAUGAGAUUGGAGGAUCCUAUAGAUUUG